AUGGCGGCGUACGUGAAGAUGAUAAGAGCGGCAGGACUUCUCCACAAACACUCAACCCGCGUUGUCGAACUCCUCCAGCCGCCCGGCUGCUUCAGGUUCGGCUUCCGCCAGGUCGACGCACCGGCUCCCGGCGCGUUCCGCUCGGUUCGUCACUACAAUGGCUCGCUUCACGCGUCCAAUGCGACGGCAAGACGUCGUCGCUGGAUGCGGGUGACCGGCGCUCAUCCCGGCGUACUCGCAGCGUCGCCCAGGGACUUUGGGAACCGGGCGAGCGGCGCCGGCCUGCCCGGGGAGGACGGCGGGGACAGCGGCGGCGGAGGAGGCGGCCCGGGAGGAGAAGACUCUGCCGGCGGCGGUGAGGACGGAGGAGCGGCGUACGCAGGAGCUGCGAUGACGGCUCUGACACCCAUGAUGGUGCCGGAGGUGUUCCCCAAUGUGCCGCUGAUCGCCGUGAGCAGGAAUCCCGUCUUCCCCCGAUUCAUCAAGAUCAUCGAGGUGAAAAACCAAAGCCUGAUGGAUCUCCUGAGGCGGAAGGUCCGUCUGGCGCAGCCUUACGCAGGAGUCUUCCUAAAGAAAGACGACAACAACGAGUCGGACGUGGUGGAAUCCUUAGACGCCGUCUACUCCACCGGUACCUUCGUGCAGAUCCACGAGAUGCAGGACUUGGGGGAUAAGCUGAGGAUGAUCGUCAUGGGACACCGCAGGAUCCGGAUCACGAGGCAAUUGGAGGCGGAGCCCGAGGAGGAGGCGGAGACGCCCCAGUGGGAGACGGCGGGCAAAGCAGCGUCGAAGCGCAGUCGGCGCCAAACGGCGGGCGAGCAGAUAGAGGACAAGGUGGCGCAAGCCGACCUGACGCCGCGACUGGAGAGCCCGCUGCCAUCCGGCGUCCUCAUGGUGGAAGUGGACAACGUCCUCCACGAGAACUUCACCGUCACCGAGGAAGUCAAGGCGCUAACGGCUGAGAUCGUCAAAACCAUCCGUGACAUCAUCGCGCUCAACCCGCUCUAUAGGGAAUCUGUCCUGCAGAUGAUGCAGGCGGGCCAGCGCGUGGUGGACAACCCCAUCUACCUUAGCGACAUGGGCGCCGCCCUGACGGGGGCGGAGUCACACGAGCUGCAGGACGUCCUGGAGGAAACCAACAUCCCCAAGCGUCUGUACAAAGCUCUGUCGUUGCUGAAGAAGGAGUUUGAGUUGAGCAAGUUGCAGCAGCGUCUGGGCCGAGAGGUGGAGGAGAAGAUCAAGCAGACGCACAGGAAGUACCUGUUACAGGAGCAGCUCAAGAUUAUCAAAAAGGAGCUGGGUCUGGAGAAGGAAGACAAAGAGGCCAUCGAAGAGAAGUUCCGCGAGAGACUGAAAGACCGGACGGUCCCUCAACACAUCAUGGACGUCAUCAACGAGGAACUGACCAAGAUGGCGCUGCUCGACAACCACUCGUCCGAGUUCAACGUGACACGCAAUUACUUGGACUGGCUGACCAGCAUGCCUUGGGGCACCAACAGUGAGGAGAACCUGGCUUUGGACCGAGCAAGGGAGGUUCUAGAAGAAGAUCAUUAUGGGAUGGAUGACGUCAAGAAGCGCAUAUUGGAGUUCAUAGCGGUCAGUCAGCUGCGAGGCUCCACGCAGGGCAAGAUCCUCUGCUUCUACGGCCCACCUGGGGUGGGCAAGACCUCCAUAGCCCGCUCCAUUGCUCGCGCCCUUAACCGCGAGUACUUCAGGUUCAGCGUGGGGGGCAUGACGGACGUCGCCGAAAUCAAAGGACACAGGAGGACAUACGUGGGCGCCAUGCCAGGAAAGAUCAUCCAGUGCCUCAAGAAGACCAAAACUGAGAACCCGCUGGUUCUGAUAGACGAGGUGGAUAAGAUCGGCCGCGGCUAUCAGGGUGACCCGUCCUCUGCUCUGCUGGAGCUUCUGGACCCCGAGCAGAACGCCAACUUCCUGGACCACUACCUGGAUGUUCCUGUAGAUCUUUCCAAGGUUCUGUUCAUCUGCACGGCUAACGUCACCGACACCAUCCCAGAACCGCUCCGAGACCGCAUGGAGAUGAUUAAUGUGUCGGGGUACGUGGCUCAGGAGAAACUGGCCAUCGCCCAGCGCUACCUUGUCCCUCAGCUGCGCUCACUGUGUGGCCUGAGUGAGGAGAAGGCGUCCAUCUCAUCUGAAGCUCUCAGUUUACUCAUCCGACAGUACUGCAGAGAGUCUGGUGUCAGGAACCUACAGAAACAAGUGGAAAAGGUUUUCCGUAAGGUUGCGUUCUCCAUCGUUAGCGGGCAGCAGGAAGUGGUCAGCGUCUCGCCGGAAAACCUUCAGGAGUUUGUCGGCAAGCCAGUUUUCACCGUAGACAGAAUGUAUGACGUCACGCCACCGGGAGUCGUCAUGGGGCUGGCCUGGACCGCAAUGGGAGGCUCCACUCUCUUCAUCGAGACAUCCCUGCGUCGGCCCUCCGAUAAAGACGGCAAAGGAGAAGGAUCUCUAGAAAUAACAGGUCAGCUAGGUGACGUCAUGAAAGAAAGCGCCAAAAUUGCUUCAACCUUCGCCAGAGCGUUCCUUAUCCAGCAGGAACCGGGAAACAACUUCCUGGUCAACUCGCACCUACACCUUCACGUUCCGGAGGGGGCCACGCCCAAGGACGGCCCUAGCGCCGGCUGCACCAUCGUCACGGCCCUGUUGUCACUGGCGACCGGUCGCUCGGUGCGUCCUAACGUCGCCAUGACCGGCGAAGUGUCUCUGACGGGCAAGAUCCUUCCCGUGGGAGGCAUCAAGGAAAAAACCAUCGCGGCCCGACGCGCCGGAGUGACGUGCAUCAUCCUGCCGGCAGAAAACAAGAAGGACUUCUCAGACUUGCCGGACUACAUCACGGAAGGCCUGGAGGUGCAUUUUGUGGACCACUACAGCCAGAUCUAUCCGGUGGUCUUCCCUCAGUCCUAA